CACAGGUGGCGCUGGUUGACUCGACUCCAUUUGAGUGCACACAAAGUAAACUGCUCGCUUUAGUUGUGCGGCGAAAACGCUGAAAUUGGAGUAAUAAAACGUGCGAGGGGAAAGAUAACGACGACAAGAGUCUCCCGAUCGUUUACUCUUGCUGUCCUGUGAACAACAUCGGCGUGGUGUUAACUGUUUGCUGUUUUCGUGAUCGCGUCGCGCAUGAGAAUAUCACCAGAUCAACCCACAAAACAAAGGAGAUUUUCUGUACAUCUCCCCAGAGAGGGCCUUCGUCGACUUCCUGUUCGCUCACACCGUCCUCCAUCUCGUUGUGAUGAAUUUCAUUGGCUGAGGCAAACAUUUUGUUUGGGGGUCUGGCACAAAUCCUGCCUUCCAAAAUUGGCAAAUCAGAAUUGUCACCAGUCAACACAGAAAGAAGAAAUUUCUGAAUAUUCAGGGGAGGAUGGAUUGCCACAUUCAGUUCUGGAUCAAAUAUCAAGCGAUGAUGAUGGCAACCACAGCAUAUCAGAAGAAGAAUAUGUGCCAGAUUCAGAGUCAGAUGAUGAAGAUUCAGAUGAAGACAUCCCAUUAUUGCCAAGCACAUCAAAAGGUCUGCUAUGCCAAGAUGACAUCUCCAAAGCGCAUGAACAAUCAGAUUCAACGAAUUUAAUCCACAACUUGACAAAGGACAAGCCAGAAGAUAAAAGUGAGCUUUGCGAAUCUGAAUCAGAAAAAAUGACUUUAAGUAAAAGAUAUUACUGCUAUUUUUGUGGCAAACCACAAGCUAAAAUUUCCCGCCACCUGAAAACGCACAAAACAGCUCCUGAUGUUGUGCAUGCAUUUUCCCUGCCUAGAGACUCAAACGAGCGUAAAAGCCUGUUAGAGAAAUUGAGAAAUAAGGGAAAUUUUAAGCAUAAUGCUGCAGUUUUGCAUGGUGGAGUGGGACCACUGAAAGUGAAGAGAAGACCCAAGAUUAAAGCAGUAGAGGGAAAGUUUGCUCAUUGCUUUUAUUGUCAAGGGAUGUAUGUUCGCAAGGAUCUUUGGAGACAUGUCCGCAGAUGUCCUAACAAACCAAAAGAUGACACAGAUAAAGAACCUGGAAGAACCAAAGUACUCGGCCUGGCUUUAACUCUGGAGUCUCAGUGUUAUCCGCAGGUGUCAAGUGGAGUGUGGAAGGUUCUUGCUGUUAUGAAACAAGAUGAGAUUGCCUCAGCUGUGCGAAAUGACUUUACUGUUAUUCAGUUUGCCCGGUCCCUCUAUAAUAAACAUGGACAAGACCCUACAAAGUAUGAUUAUAUACAACAGAAGCUUCGUGAAGCGGGACGUUUGUUGUUGUGUCUGUGUACAGAAUUCUCAGUGCAUAACAUGGAAGAAGCUAUUAAGCCUGCUAACUUCCAGAGAGUUGUGCAAGCAGUAAAGAAAGUUUCAGGUUUUGAUGAAGAGACACUGUCAUACAAAACUCCAAGCCUUGCGCUGAAACUGGGACAUACACUGCAUAAAAUGUCUGACAUUAUCCAUAGUCGUGCCCUCAUGACAGAGGAUGAAGCCCUAAUCAAGUCCACUGAUGCGUUCAAGAAGUUGUAUGUCUCCAAAUGGUCCGAGAUGGUGUCUCACCGUGCCUUGAACACAUUGAGUGAGGCAAAGUUUAACAAGCCAUCAACAUUGCCCUUUACAGAAGAUGUUCGGAUUCUCCAUCACUACCUUCAAAAAUCUGCAGAAAGUGCCUUUUGCAGCUUGGAGAACGAAGCCACAGCUCAGAAUUAUGCCCAACUUGCACAAGUUACACUCUCACAAAUCAUUGUGUUCAAUCGAAGACGUUCUGGAGAGGUUUCAAAGAUGUGCCUCAAAAGUUUUCUUGAAAGAGACAAAACGGCACUCCACACAGAUGUUGCCAUGGGGCUCUCAGAAAUGGAACAGAGACUCUGUAACUAUUUCUGUAGAAUAGAAAUAAUGGGAAAAAGGGACAGAAAUGUUCCAGUUCUGCUAACACCAAGCAUGCUGGAUGCUCUGUCACUACUGGUUAGUAGGAGGCCUGACUGUGGUAUUUGUGCCACUAAUAUCUACCUCUUUGCAAGACCCCGAUCAAUGAGUCAUUACAGAGGAAUGGACUCCUUGCGUGUUCAUGCACACCAGUAUGGAGCAAAGCAGCCUGAGUAUCUAAGCUCGACACAGCUCAGAAAACAUGUUGCCACACUCUCACAAGUCCUUAAUUUGAAAAACAAUGAACUUGAUCAGGUUGCAGAUUUCUUGGGUCAUGAUAUCCGCAUUCACCGCGAAUUCUACAGAUUACCAGUUCCCACAACACAGCUGGCCAAGAUUUCCAAACUGCUUUUAACACUGGAAAAAGGACAUCUUUCCCAGAUCCAGGGGAAAUCACUGGAUGAGAUCGAAAUUGAAGGUUUGUAUUGAAAGGAGCAAAUAUUAGGGCAGUAGUUGAAUAUUAUGCUUUAUCAACAGAAUUAAAACCUAAAAGCACAGACCAUUCUAUUAAAUGUCCAUGAUUUAAGGUUCUUGAAGUCUAUUGUUUCAUCACUUUGCAACAUUUGGUGUCCCAGUAAUCCUGUGUCCUGUCAGAUGUGUAUUCAUGGUAAUGAUGAACUAUUUAAAAAUGACAUCAUUGUCCCUUUAAAGACCCAAUAUUGGUUUUUUUGGACCUCAUCGUUGUCAAGUGGACAAUGUCUCCAGAAAACACAAUAGAGUCUGUUUGGUGUGUAUCAGUGUAUCUAGACUUCUAUAGGGAGUGUAUGAGGUCUGAAGUGACCCAAAUUUUUUUCAGAUUUUUUCGAACACUUUAACCUCGCUCCCUUGGCUCUAAGUCCUCUGGAAACGGUAGUCCACUUAAACCACCACCGGGCGGAUUGACGUAGUAUAGUCCCUCCAUAGCACAUAGACCCGUGUGUGUGUGUGUGGGGGGGGCGGCGGUCAAGAUGAGACCCUGUGACGACUCCCCAAAGCUGGUGCCAGGAGUCUAGCGGUACAUCUAAACAAAAGGCUCUUACACUCAAACAGAUAUACGUGUGUUUGCCAUACCAUAUAUCAGCAAGAGAACAGAACAGUCAGAAGAGGAG